AUGGAGGACAUUACUAUACGACAAGCUUUUCUUAAGCUUAAGCCAAUCUGUGAUUGUUUAAUGAAAGAACCGACAAUUAAAAAUGCUAUUGAUGUUGAAAAUUGUGUAAAAAAUUUACCAGUUUCAGUAAUACAAAAUCUUAAUGAAUAUAUUUUAUUCCCAGUUAUAAUUCAUUUACAAAAUAAUAUAAGCAAAGAUGUCAAAUUACAUUUGAUGUAUAUUGUCAAAUCAGUAAUUACCAAAUUACGAUUUUACAAACUUGAAUUUUUUAAUAAACUUUAUGUAUGUUUUAUUAUUUCUAUUUAUGAUUCUACACAGAGCAAUUUAGUAAUUCAAUCACAUGAAGAACUAAAAGAAUGUGUUGUCGAUUGUUUAAAAUAUUUGAUUGUCAAUACAUCGCUUGACGUAAUAGAAGAAUUUUACAAACGUGAAAAUGCAGCAAAAAUCAGCCAAAGUAUUUAUACUUGUUUAUCAAUAGCAGUAACUGAAAAAUCAUCUUCUUUAAGAAUUGCUGCAUUGGAAGCACUUAUAGCUCUCUCCUAUGUCCACGACAGUGUCGAUGCCUCAGAAGUCGUUUUACGUAAUGACGUAGCGAAUAUUAUAAUGUUAUUUCUACCCGGUAUUGUCAAAAAACUCCAAGAAAUUUAUCAAGGAAGCGAUGUUCAACAUCAUAAAGUCACGCUGAUGGCAGUAAGAGCAUUGGGUCGUAUUGUAUCACUGGUAAUGGAGGAUCUAGUGAAAACUAACGAAGUAUCAACUCUCCCAGCAUUACCUCAAGUGCCAAGCUCUACAUCAGACCCUCUGGGUAUCCAAUUAAACCAAGAAGGUCGCCAGGGUAUGGAGAAACAUAUAAAAACAGUAGUGCGUAAUCAAGAAUGGUUAGAUGCAGCUGCUGAUAAACUCCAAGCUCCAAUGCGUGACUUGAUAAACUUAACAAAACAUUCUCACUAUAAAGUAAGAAAAGAAUUAGCUCUAUCAGUAAUUCUGCUACUAACUAAAUGUCCAAGUAACCUGCACCAGAGUUUUGCAGAACUGACUGAAAUUUUAAUAACCCUGUCGGAAGAUGAUGUUCCCGAAGUACGAGAUCUAGCAAACUCAUUGCUGAGUCAAGUUAACAAUAUUGUCACUCAAUAUAAAAUGAAAUCAAUUGUUGAAACUCUAGAAGAAAGGUUUUACAAGCUUCUAACAAAGUUACCGCGAAUCAUCCGCCGAUCAGACGAUGCAGCGCAAUUGUCGUACCUGAACCAGCUGGCUGGUUACUUGAGACUUCUCGGAAAAGAACGUCUUCCUCAAAUAAUGACUUCAAUUGCUCACUUAAGACGUUUGAUUUUGUCCCUUGUCUACGUAGCUGAGCUUGACUGCAGUGAUGUCACAAUUCUUGAAGAAAAUCAGUUGAGAACAAUCGAAGAUGUUGUUGACUCGCGCCAGUCUUGGAAGAAGUUCAAAUUCAUCCGUGACUCGACAACAGAAGACAAAUUGAUUCUCAUUUGUAGUUUACUGAGUAGUCUUGGAGAAUUGUCAAUUUUAGUCAACAGUAUCUUCGAAUUGAUUACCGACAUGCCUCACUAUCGUAAAGAACUGACUCUGCUGCUAAACUGGAUGCUUAAAUCAGCUCACGAAGCUCCGGUGUCUCUCCUACGGCAAGUUGUAGAUUAUUACACGGAUCCCGAGCUUUGGUACCUGCCUAUCCAAGAUGAAGGCACUUCACUUCGUCAACUGCAAUGCAAUGUCGUGGAGUCUUGCUUAUUGACAGAAGGUCUGGGGAUUGUAGCGACGGUACUAAAGGAGGAUUAUCAUCAAUUUCUUUUAAAGACUCUGUACUUGGUAAUUGAAAGAGCGGGAAGCGGUCACGGGAUGAUAAGUCUCGUGGGUCUUCAGACUCUUGAUCAUAUUGCUAAUGCUCAAGAAAAGAAGAGUAUUACUGAUUUAAUUCGUGAGAAUGUAGACUAUAUUUCUUAUCACGUUACCAUGAAAUUAAAAAGGGUUGAAAAAAAUCCUGGGGUGCUAAAUGUCGUUGCUGUUGUCAUGAAGUACAGUACUAUGGACGUGCUGCCUUAUCUGAAAGAAAUUGUUGAAGAUGCUUUGGCUCAAUUGGGGGCCAAUUUUCAGAAGGCAAAUGUUUACUCACUGCUCAAAGUGCUCUACACAUUUACUGUGUGUUUGAAACAAUUGUUGGGUAUUGAUGAUAGUGUAAAGAAGAAAGAAGAAGAAGAAGAAGGAGAGAUAAAUGUCGCUGAGAGGGUGAUAGAAAAUUUAUUAGAGCACUGUGAGUCGAAAAAAGUGUCCGAAGAUUUUGAGAAUGACGAACUGGGUGGCGGUCCUGAAGAUAUUUUAAAAGAUAUUGAGAAUAGAGAGGAUGAAAAUUCAGAUUAUAAUUCUACGGAAGAAAAUAGAGAGCCUCCGAUGCAUAUUAAAAUUAUUGAGAGUAUAAUGAAGCAGUGUUUACACUUCCUGCCUUCUAAAGACAUGGCCAAGCUUUUGCUGAGCAUGCAAACACUUCAGGAAGGUAUUUUUAUUCUUAAGGAUUGGACGGAUCAAUUGUUGCCUAUUGUACACGAAAUAUGGCAUCCUCUGGUGGAUCGAUUUCAGGAUUCUAAUAUACUUAUUAUAAAUACCGCCUGGCAAUUGCUUUUCACUCUAGCUCAGGUGUCUGAAGACUUCAUUAGAAGUCGCACGCUCAAACAAGUGUCUCCAGGUCUAGCAAAAUUUUUAUACGAUUCUGCUAAAGAUAGUUAUAAAAAAGAUUCUAGGAACGGAUAUAAAUUUACCCAGAAAUUUAAAUUACAAAGAUUACUUCUUAUGGAAAUGGGACCCGUGACACGGUAUCUAAAACUCCAAGAACCGGAUCUCUGGAAGUUGGUUACUAUUACCGAGCCUUAUCUUGACUGUUAUCAGCAACCUGAAUUGCAGGAAUGUUGUGUUAAUUUGUACAAAGAAAUUGCUGAUUUAAAUGGGGAUGUUGUUUGGGUCAAGUGUAUCAGUCUCUGGCACUCACAUGUGAGUAAGGUUUCUCCGGAUGAAGGUUUUAGCGUCGAUUUGGAGUUAGAAAAAUUUAAUGAUAGUAGUAAUAAAUAUGUUAAGAAUUUAAAAACAAUAUUGAGGUAUAUUGAUGACAAGGUGAGAAUGGUUGACAGAUGA